AUGUGGUCAAGUCUGAAAAAUGAAAAUGAUCAAUUAAAAUCUCAACUCAAUGAAAUGAAUGCAUUUUGGGAAGAAAAACAAAAAAAACUGGAAAAUCAUUGUCGAUUGCUUUCAGCUAGACUUAAAUACAUAAAAUCAAAACACAAUUCAUCUCAACAUCACAAAAUAUCAUGGUUGAAAUCAUCAUUGAAUAUACUUGUUCCCAGAAAAAUGUCAAAAUAUAAUUCAAGACGAAAAUUGAAUUGGAAUUAUGAAGCUACUGAUAAAAUUCAUGAGGAUUUCAGUAAUCCGAGUGAAUGUAAUCGAUGUCAAGAUAUGUGUAGUCCUGACAAAAAUGAUCAUCAAACUACUACAUCGAAUUAUGAUGAUAAUCAGUCCGAUAAUACAAGUUCUAAACUAGAUGUAAAACAAAAUUUAAAUAGUGCGCCAAAAUUGAAAUUGAUCAAUGAUUAUAAAAUGAGUUUAAUAAAAUCAAGAAAGCAUGCUAUUCAAUUACUCAAAGCAAAAAAUCCAAUCCCCAAUUUAUCAGAAAUUCAAUGUUCUUAUGAAUUAUUAAAUCAACGUAAUCAUUCUUUAAUACAACAGGUAAUGCGAAAAUUGAAAAUACAAGCAGAACAAUCAAAUCAAGAAUUGAAUAAUUCCGUCAAAUUAUUGAAAAAUAUGUUACAUAGAAGUCGUAAACAAAAUAUUCGACUUAAACGUAUCAUUGAGAGUGUUAAAACACAUUUAAUCAAACUACACGAUACAAUCAAACAAUUCCACAUGGAAAAUGAUCAAAUCACAUCCGAACAUCGAUCGGAAAAUAAUUUGUCAUUAUCAACAUUAGAAAAGAUGAAUUGUAAAAAAUUCAUUAAAGAAAUCUCUCAUAAUAUUAGUCAUCAACUUCAAGAAUUAAUCAAUCAUAAACGAAUUGAACAUUUAAAUAUGAAGAAUAGAAUUGUUACACUUGAAAAUGAAACCAAACGUCGACGUCAUUGUAUUGAAGAACUAAAAAUACGACUUCAAUGUGUUCUUACUAAACAAAAAGAUCUUCAAAAUGAUUUAUUAACUAAAGAAAAACUUACUGAAAAUUUGAAAUUCACUGAAAUUCAUUUACAACAAACUAUUAAAAGUCAACGUGUUCAAUUAAACAUUUUAAUUAAUGAAAAAAAACAAAUUACACAAAAUUUUUAUCAUUUAAAACAAACUCAUCAUCAUUUAAUUGAUGAAUUAAAUGAAUUAAAAGUGAAUUAUUUAAAUUUACAAAAAUUUAAAAAUGAUGAGAUUAUGACAAAUAGAUCAGAGAAUACAAUGAAACAAACUAAAAAGUUUAAUCGAAUUUGUGCUAAUGAUAAAAGUGAACAUUUAGAAAAAUUUAUCUUAAUAUUGGCAAAUGAAUUAAUGAAAACCAUGAAAGCUAUUUAUCAAUUAUGUAACAAUUCUUCCAUGUGUACAACACCGGUCAAUGAGAAAAAUCAAUUAUCUAUUAAAUCAAAGCCUACUACAAUAAGCCAAACUAGUUUACAAUUAGCUAAAAUGAAAGCAGCUGAAAUUCUCUGCUUAUCAUUAGAUGAUUUAGAGAAGUUAACAUUUCUAGAUGAAGUGGACGCUGAAAAUGUUAUUGAUCAUGAUAAUGAUCAACAUGUCAAUACAUCGAGAAGUAGAAAUCCAUGCAAUUCAUUCAAUGAAACAUUGUCUAAGACAAUGAUUGUUGCUUAUUUAGACAAUUUAUCAAAAUGGCCAAUUUAUUGUGAAAAAUUAUUAAAAGAUUUUCCUUUUUCAAAGAAGUUAACAGAUGAAUUCACAGAGAAAUUUAACAAUUUAAUUGAUAUUGUUUCAUUCUUCUUUCUAACUGAACGAAGUACUGUCAGAGAAUUAUAA